AUGAUGACAACAUUUCUUAAUUCUGACGCGGCAUGUCGUGUAACUGCUCAAGAAAUCAUAAAAAUCUUGCAAACAGAUGCUAAAUUAGGUUUAAAUGAAAAUGAAAUUCAAACUCGACAGAAAUACUAUGGCCAUAAUGAUUUUGAAGUAGACGAUGAUGAACCAAUAUGGAAGAAAUAUUUAGGACAAUUUAAAGAGCCCAUGAUAUUGCUGUUGCUUGCAUCAGCAUGCAUUUCAUUGCUGAUGAGACAAUAUGAUGAUGCUUUAUCUAUAACUAUAGCUAUUAUUAUUGUUGUUACAGUUGCUUUUAUACAAGAAAAUCGAGCUGAAAAAGAAAUCGAAGCAUUGAGAAGACUUGUACCGCCGAAAUGCGUUUGCAUACGAGAAGGAAGAAGUCAACAAAUUUUUGCUAGAGAAUUAGUACCAGGUGAUUUAUGUAUUUUGGAAAGUGGUGAUCGUAUACCCGCUGACUUACGUCUAACUGAAGCAAAUGAUAUGUCCAUCGACGAAUCGUCAUUCACUGGCGAAGUAAAACCAUCAAAUAAAAUAAUUGACUCUAUUUCGUUUGGUUCAAGACAAACAUCGAUUAGUGAUAGAAGAAAUAUUGCAUUCAUGGGUACACAUGUACUUACUGGAAAUGCAAAAGGUAUUGUGAUAUGUACAGGUGAGAAUUCAGAAUUUGGAAAAGUAUUUCAAAUGAUGCAACAACAAGAAGCACCUAAAACACCGUUACAAAAGAGUAUGGAUGCCUUAGGAAAACAGCUGUCAUUUUAUUCAUUAAGUAUUAUUGGUUUUAUUGUUAUUGUGGGAUGGCUACAAGGUAGACAUCUUCUGGAAAUGUUCACCAUCGGUGUCAGUUUGGCAGUAGCAGCUAUUCCUGAAGGUUUACCAAUUGUAGUAACAGUAACAUUGGCACUUGGUGUUCAACGCAUGGCAAAACGAGAAGCAAUCGUUAAAAAAUUACCGAUCGUCGAAACACUCGGCUGCGUAACAGUGGUAUGUUCAGAUAAAACGGGGACUCUAACAAAAAAUGAAAUGACUGUAACGAAUAUUUUAACAUCUGAUGGAGAUUCUGCCGAGGUUACGGGUUCAGGCUAUGAUGGACAAGGUGAUGUUAUAUGUGGUCAUGAACGAGCUACUUACGAUUCGCAUCCUCUUAUAUCAAAAAUAGUCGAAAUUGGCGCUGUUUGUAAUAAUGCUGAAAUAAUCAAUUCUCAACUUCGUGGUCAACCAACUGAAGGUGCCCUACUGGUUGUUGCUAUGAAAAUGAAUAUUCCUCAUCUUCGUGAACAGUUUCAUCGUGAACGUGAAUGGCCAUUUUCACACGAAAAUAAAUGGAUGGCUGUACAAUGUACACCAAAAUAUAAUCCAAAUGAAAUACGUUUAUAUGUCAAAGGAGCAAUUGAACAAGUAUUAAAAUUAGCUAAACGAUAUCUGCAUCAAGGAGCAGCUGUACCAUUGACAGAUGACAAUAUUCGAGGUUUUGUCGCGGAUUCCAAUCAAAUGGCAGCCAAAGGACUAAGAAUUUUGGCUAUGGCAACAGGAACCUCUCUUGACGAUUUGACAUACGUUGGUAUGGUUGGCAUUAUUGAUCCGGAGCGUCCAAAAGUUGAACAAGCAAUCUCACAAUUAAAAGUCGGCGGUGUUAUUGUUAAAAUGAUAACAGGAGAUGCUGAGAAAACAGCAAAAGCCAUAGCGUCUCGUCUAAAGAUUUAUAGCAGUGAUGAUUUAUCUCUAUCUGGUGAAGAUCUUGAUCAUAUGAAUGCAGUUGAACUUCGUGAUGCCGUUUUACAUGCAUCCGUUUUCUAUCGUGUUAGUCCAAAACAUAAACUAACCAUUGUUAAAGCAUUACAAGCUCAAGGACAUAUUGUUAGUAUGACAGGAGACGGUGUUAAUGAUGCAGUUGCACUUAAAGCAGCUGAUAUUGGCAUCGCUAUGGGACAAACAGGUACUGACGUGUGUAAGGAAGCAGCUGAUAUGAUUCUUGUCAAAGAUGAUUUCUAUACGAUUAUGGCAGCGAUCGAAGAAGGAAAAGCUAUAUUUCAUAAUAUAAAAAAUUUUGUUCGAUUUCAAUUGAGCACGAGUAUUGCUGCGUUGAGUUUAAUAACGCUUUCAACAGUUUUUCAUUUUCCUAAUCCAUUGAAUGCAAUGCAAAUUCUUUGGAUUAAUAUUAUUAUGGAUGGGCCACCAGCUCAAAGUCUUGGCGUUGAACCAGUUGAUCAUGACGUAUUAAAAAAGCCGCCACGAAAAGUGACGGAUUCAAUGAUUGAUAAAAAUUUAAUUGUACAUAUAUUAACUAGUGCUAUUGUAAUUGUUUUUGGAACUUUAUGUGUUUUCUAUGCCGAAAUGAGAGAUGGAAAAGUAACGCCUCGAGAUACAACUAUGACAUUUACAUGUUUUGUCUUUUUUGACAUGUUUAAUGCGCUCAGCUGUCGAUCUCAAACGAAAUUCAUUUUUGAAAUUGGUCUUUGUUCAAAUCGGUAUUUUGUUGUUGCAGUACUUCUUUCUAUUAUUGGCCAGUUAGCUGUCAUUUAUUUACCACCAUUACAAUUUGUAUUUCAAACGGAAGCUCUUAGUGCUGCAGAUUUAUUCUAUCUGACGUGUUUAACAUCAUCUGUAUUUUUUGUUAAUGAAUUUCGGAAAUUAAUCUCGAGAAUAAUCCUUAAACGUCAACUCAAUCAUAAAAAUAUGCUGAUUCAUCAAUGGAUGGUUUAG